AUGGGCAUAAUCGAUCGCGGGUGCAGGAGUCAUGCCAUCCUCUACUCGGCCGCGAUUGUUCUUCGGCUAGCAAUAUUCAGUUUUCCGUCUGUAGCCGAUACGUUAUUACAACGCGUGGAAUUCGCGACACCGGUAACAAGCUAUAAGCGACUAACCGAAGGCGUAUACUUAUAUGACAGCAAUGUACCACCAUACGAUGGCGGUCUAUUUCAUCAGGCACCGUUACUGCUCAGCAUAUUUUCUUUUUUGACGAGUAUUCCAAACUAUUACACCAUCCCGCUUUUGUACAGCUUCAUAGAUAUCACCAUCGCUCACUGUCUAUACCGAAUCAAACAAACGAAACCUCAACCCACGCCGUUAUCCAAUGAAACCAAUGCCACUACCAACAACAACAACGGCAACACCCUCCAACCGCAUCUAGUCGCUGCUUUGUACCUGUUUAAUCCUUUUACUGUACUUUCAUGUGUAUCACGAUCAUCAAUUAUCUUUUCAAACUUGAGUAUCGUCAUGGCAAUAUUAUGUGCUCAACGAGAUCGUCGCGCCAUGGCUAUGGGUUGGAUUGCUUUUGCCACUUACCUUGGGUUAUAUCCUGCCAUGCUAGUUCCACCGCUUGUAUUGAUGCAACCAUCAUCCAAGUCUCUAGGUAUGGUAACCACAUUUAUCGCCAGUCUUGCCGGCUUACUCGGGCUAUCGCGAUGGUUGGUAGGAUCGUGGGACUUUAUCAAGGCAACUUAUGGCGUCAUUCUCUUUCUCUCAGAUCUCACACCCAACUCGGGCAUGUUCUGGUACUUUUUCAUUGAAAUCUUUGAUCAGUUCCGAUCGUUUUUCAUGGUUGUUUUCCAAUUCCAUGCGUUCAUUUUUGUCGCGCCACUGUGUAUCAAAUUACGGCAUCAACCACUUUUCAUAGUGACCGUAUUGUGUGGCAUCAUGUCAGUAUUCAAGAGUUAUCCAGCUGUUGGCGAUGCUGCAUUGUUUCUCGGGUUAUUGCCACUUCACGAUGAACUGUUUACAUACUUUAGAUACGGUUUCCUCGUCACCAACAUUUACCUCUAUUCAUCGGUGUUGGCGCCCAUCUUUUGGCAUCUUUGGCUGUAUGCAGGCAGUGGCAACGCCAACUUCUUUUAUGCCAUCACUCUAGUAUACAACCUGGGAUCUGUCCUGUUGCUAAUUGAUAUGAUUUACUCUUCUUUGCGACGUGACUUUGAUAUUGAACAUCCCAAUGCCAUAGGAAAACAUGUUGUGCAAAAAUGA